CCUGACAGACGGCGGCAUUAAUUCGGAUUAACUGCUCUAAUCGGGGUUAAUUCGAGAGUUAUCUCAGUUAACUCCGUUUGCUAACUCCCAUUUAAUCCUCAAAAUUUUAGAGAGUUAGUGGGAGUUCGUGGCAUUUUCGUUGGCAACAUUGUUAAACAUGGCCGCUAUUAACCUAUUGUGAAUGAAAAUAUGCAAAACUGACAGCUGUUUUUCAAAUAAAUGUAAACAAAAACAUACGCAUGCAAUGAAAUAGCUUUUUUAAUAAUUAGUAAUAUUUUACUAAUUGUGCGGCUAACAACCGCAAUAUUUGCCUUCCAUCCAAUUUUAUUUUACCAAAAUGGAAAUAUUAUUGCCAAUCAGCUGUUAUGGGAGUUUAUAACUCGCUUUGCUGCCGUCUGUCAUCUACAUAUUUGGAACUGAUUAAAAGCGCAGUUAAUCCGAAUUAACUAUGCCGUCUGUCUAGGCUAUAAGUUUCACAAAUUAUAGUGAUAUUCAAAAUAGUAAAUAAAUAUUUUUGCAAUUCCUCUUUUGUUUUUUAUAAAUGUAGAAAUCAAUUUAUUUUUUUGUUUUUAAUGUGAAGUGGUCAAUAUGACAAUAAUCGGCUAAAUUAAUUUCGAAAAUGCAACCAUUUUUGUUCAAAAGAAGUAUUUUCUUCUCUAGGUAUUUAGGUGGAAUAACUCUUAACGAAUUUUUCAUACCGUGCCUUGAAAUACCAAUUAAUAUUAAAGAAAACAAUUAUUUCGAAAGCCAUACAAAUAAAAUACAUAAACAUUUAACCUUUUUUUAAGCUAUUUACUAUUAUUUUUCAUUUUCGAAAAAGAAAAAGAGGAGGCAAACCAUUGUGAUAUUUCUUAAUAUUUAGUUGUUGAAUUAUUAAAUUACAUAAUUAGUAUUAAGUUCUUAUCGAGUGCAUCUCUGAAAAAUCCAAUCAGCAGUGUUCCUCAAUUAAUUUGUCCGUCAUAUACAUAGUUAUUGACUAUUCAUAUUUGUAUUUAUAUUGCAUUCAUUUAAUAACUAUCAAUCGGAAUUUUUCCAUCCGCUCUGUUAACCCAAUUAUGCCAACAAUACAAUUAGUGGAACAACAUUUUUUUAUAUACCAAACAUGAUUGGACAAUGAAAUACAUUAUUCUGUGUACUACAUGCUUACUCCAACAAUUAGGUGGUUUACAUAUACAUAUAUGUUUGUUUAUAAAUACAUAUAGUUCGAACAAUUGAAAAAUAUCUUUAGAUCAAUUAGGCUAUUAUCUUUAACUAAUUCACUUCUUCUCUUUUCUUAUGUUAUUUACGUACAUAUACAUAUUACAUUUUUUUGCACUGUAUAUACAUUCACUUCCUGUACUGACUCAUAUUGUAAUUUUUGCAUAAAUAUUUAUUUACCUUCAAAUUGUCACUUAUUCUGCCACUCUCCCCCUCUUCCUCUUUCUACUACCUGUUUAACCGUUGGCUCUUUCAUGUGUAUUUUAUAUAUUUCCUGUUGUUAACCACGUACUAUUCAGUUGAACGUCCAUAACUCUAACUUCUAUAACUCGAAGUUCGUCAUAACUCGAACUCCUGACUUGGCAAUAUAAGUAAAAUUUCUUACAAAUUACCUUACGUAACUCGGAAGUCUCUCUAACUCGAAGUAAUUUGUGGAUUAUGCUGUUUCGAGUUAGGGAAGUUCGAAUAUGUACAUAUUUACCUUGUCCCGAAAUCUGACUUGCCGACUAGUUAACUGUAUGGUUGUUGUUUCUAGUAAUAAGUGUUCAAGUCUGUUUAUUAAGCUCUCGCAACAAAGUUGCUAAGAGAGUGAUCAGGAUGAAAUCUAAGAUAUCUUGGUGAAACUUGGAACACAUGUUCUUUGGGACUGCUAUCGAAAAUGGUCGAAAUCGGACCAUUGCCACAGCCACAAAAUGGCUAAAACCGAAAACCCAUAAAGCGUCAUAACUAUGCCAUUAAUAAAGUUAUAAAGGUAAACUUUUCUAUAAAUGAUCGCACUAGGAAGGGGCACAUUUCGAUGUAAUUUUUUUAGGAAAGUAGGCGUGGUCCCGCCCCAAAUAGGUCUUUUGUAUAUAUAUCGCAAAACCAAUAAAGCCAUAUACACCAAACUUUCUGCAGUCACUUCCCAUAACACAUCAUACAAAUAAGUGAAAUCGGUUAAUAACCACGCCCAUCCCUAAAACAAAGGUUGUGUUGAAAGUUACUAAAAGCGCGUUAACUCACUAACUGAAAACACCAGAAGCAUUACAGUUUACAGAAGAAAUGACAAAAGGAAGCUGCACUCAGGUUUUUUAUGGAAAUUGGGCGUGGGAAAAAACUAGGAACUACUCUACCGAUUUCAAUGAAAUUAUUUUCUUAUUACCUUGAUAGCAUAGAUGGAAAAUGGGCGAAACCACGACUACUUUCCAUCUAACUCAAUUUUGAAUUCCAUCUGAUUCCCUAACUUUAUAAUUUAUACAUAAGGAACCGAUAAAGAUAGCGGAAUAAAACUUUACACAAAUAUAGUAAUCACCGCUUAAGUGCUCCUUCUUAACAUACAAUACUUUUGAGACACUUAAGCGGGAAAGGCACUUAAAUGAAUCCCGCUUAAGUGCCUCGAGGUACUCACCAAGCUUUUGCUCAAAUACUUCGAUCUAAUAUUUUAACAUUUAGAAUGAAAGUCACAUUUAUUUCUUAUUAAUAACAAAAAUACUUAUUAAUAAGCGGAUGCUCUUAAAUAAAUAUUAUUAUUAAAUAAAUAUUAUUACAAACUUGUUUCGCACUUUCAAUUCCUUUGCACUUUAUUGAUGCAGUUAUCAUCAUUUCGCAGUCGUAAUACGACACAUUAAAAUUUUUAUUAAGUUGAAAAAACGAACACCAGAAAAAGGGAUAAACCCCCACAAUAAACAUGGUUUGAUAUGGCACAAAAUUGCUAUAAAACAAGUAAGGAAAGGCUACUAAGUUCGGGUGUAACCGAACAUUUUAUAUUCUCGCAAUUUAUUGAUGUAAUUUUAUAAAGAUAACACAAUUCGACACAUAUAUUCUGAUUAAAGUUCAAUAGAAUAACGAAAAUCAUCAUAAAUAGUAAUGGGCACUGAGGUAAUUCCUGAACCGUUUUCACCACCAAGAUAUAAUAUAUCGAAGACUAUACGCCCACUUAAUUUUAUAUUAUCUAUAAUUAGGUAUAUGGGACCUGGGGGAAGUUAUGACCCGAUUUUAACCACUUUUGGUACAUAGACAAAAAAAAAAUUCAGAGGGAAUGAAUUACAUUAAAAUAUCUGAGAGAUUUAUCUACAUUUUCGGUGAAAAAUUAUUCUUAGGCACCGAGUUCUUCAUGUUUGAUAUCAGGGGCCUUGAAAAGUCAUGGUCCGAUUUUGACAAUUUUUCCACAAGUGAUGUCACAGCUCAAAUACAGUAUUUGUGUAAAGUUUUAUUCCGAUAUCUUCAUUGGUUUUUAAUGUAUAUACGAGGGCUGCUAUAUAUGUAUAUUUCUGGCCUACUAAUGAAAAUAGGAAUAUUUAUCAACGAAAAUGGUUUUAUUGUUUUUCAAAAUAUUCUCCAUCAAGAUUUAUACAUACACUUUUGCAUGCGCUCAAACCAAUUUUCGAAGCACUUUUUUGAGCCUUUUUUUGAGCGAUUGUCAAAUUGUGCGGGAUCCAACGAGAACAAACCUUUUUUACGGUCAGGUGUUCAUGCAAUAUCGAAUGUAUGCUGGUGGGAGAAAUGCAUAAGUCUUGCAUUAUCAGUUCACGUACGGCAUCGAUGUUUUCUGGCACAACGACUGUUUUUGGACGACCUUCACGGAAUUCGUCAUUGAGCGAGCGUUGGCCACAUUAGUGGGCGACGCCACGCCCAUUUUCCAUUUUGUAAAAAAAUCUGAGUGCAGCUUCCAUCUGCCAAUUCUUAUGUGAAAUUUAGUGUUGCUGACGUUUUUCGUUAUUGAGUUAACCCACUUCUAGUAGUUUUCAACCUAACCUUUGUAUGGGAGGUGGGCGUGGUUAUUAUCCGAUUUCUUUCAUUUUUGGACUGUAUAAGGAAAUGGCUAAAAGAAACGACUGCAGAAAGUUUGGUUUAUAUAGUUUUUUUGGUUUGCAAGAUAUAUACAUAAAACCUAUUUGGGGGCGGGGUCACGCCCACUCUUCAAAAAGAAUUUCAUCCAAAUGUGCCCCUCCCUAAUGCGAUUCUAUGAAGAUAUCUUAAUUUUUACUCAAGUUACAAGUGACAACAGAGAAUUCAAAUUUGCAAAUGAACGAUGACAUCUAAUCUUGAUUAAAGAUUUGUGUUGGAUUAUGAGUGGCAAACUAAUGACUAAAAUUCAUAUGCCAGCGUCAAAUCAUCAAAUCAGAAAUGUACUAAAUCGUACAUUGUGAGCGUGCCUACUUUGGAACAACAAGUAUCAAGAAAUGUUUGGUGAAAAGUUUGAUUUCACUUUUAUCAAAAGCAACAAACGCGCAAUCAUAACAACUCCAUUAGACUGCAGCAACAACAAGCACAAAAUCACAACCACAAUCAGAGUAACGACAACCAAAACAUGACAAGAACAAGUGAACCUAAACCGAGUUCAAUUAAUGGCGAACAUUACAAAGCCGCGACUGCAGCCAUCCUGAGUAAUGCAAGCGUUCUUACGAAUGGCGGAACAGAAGCCCCAACAACGACUGUUAAUUCGUCAGCAGCGGCAACUGCUCAACCAACAUCAGUUUCGCUGGAUGACGCAGCAACAGCGACAGGCACACCGGUGGCGGCAGUCGAAGCUUCAACGCCAGUGACAAGAAACACGGACGAAAGUCUGGCACGCACCACCGGUUAUGCAAACAUUUCGCGCCGUACCCUCAACAACAGCAACAACAGUGCCAUUGGCGGAAAUGGCAACUCGGCCACGACAGCUGAUAACGCGACUAGUAACGCGACGUCGGACAACUGCCGCAAAUUGGCCGCCACUCUGGAUAAUCUCGAUGUGGCUAUGGUGCGCGAUUUGACCGAUGACGACGGAGUGGACUCGUACAUAGCCUUUCAGGAGUGUCUGGGCGUUUCGACGACAGAGGAUACUUCUUAUACCAGUACGGUGACGAGAACGUGAAUAAAAUGUGGAAUAAAAAUCGAAACUGACAUUCCAUAUAAACAGAAAUUUAUUAUUCAAAACAUCAGAGUAGGCGUUAAUUUCUUAAAAAUGAAAAGAAGAUGGCAAAAUAAAAAAUGCUUCAUUCAAAAUAUUUUCAUUUCAUUUGAUAAAGAUGGAAAAAGAAAAUUUAACUGACAAAAAAUAAUGUUGUCUAUGGUUGAAUAUUUGUAGAUUUGAAAUUUUUAAUUUAACUUUACCUGAUCGUGUGAUAGUUAAAUUACAAAUCGUUGCAUUACAAAAUUCAGUUUCAGUGUAAGAAGUGGUAAAAUUUACUUAUUGAGAAAGGUUUUAAUAUCUCAAUAAUUGAAUCUCAUUAGCUUUCUGCAAAUAAUUUUUAGCAGGUAUUUGGUUAAAGCGUUGUUGUUAUGCAUUGGCUUGUUGACUCUGCGUUUAUGUAACACAAAUCCACUAAUGUUGCCAUAAAGCUACGCAAAUACUCGGCUGUUAAAUGCUUAUGCGCAUCACGUUGCCCUGUAGCGAAUUUAAAUAAAAUUUUUAUGUAUAUAAAAUUUUCAAGUGGAUUCUGUUUCUAGGUGAUAUUAGAAAGAAAAUAAACGUAAAAUGAAAAAAAAAAUCCACUUGGCGCUUUUUUUGGCAGCGAAAAUAAGAUUUUCAUUCUUUGAUCUAACGCUUCUUUUGAAAAAUAAAAUUAUCACCCUAGCAAUGCAUUUUAAAACAAAAGUUUCCAGUAUAUUUUGGAAGUAGUAAAUGUCAGCUGUCAAAAAGAGCUUGUUUGUGGUACUAAAAUUAUGUUUUUUCUGAAAAUUUAGAAUUUAAAUUGUAAAAUUUGCAGAAGUUUUAUCAUUUUUCGAAUUUUAGGACCAAGUUUUACUGUAAUCAGCGGGAACAGACUCACACGAUUGUUCGCUAAAGUAUCCUAAUCCCUUAUUGGUUUUCGUACAAAAAUAUGAUACAUGGUAAAAGAUUGCAUGAAUCUUUGGUAUAACUGGAAUUCCAAGGGAUUCGUAACUCUUUUUAAAAGCGUCGAUAUGCUUUUGAAAAUUGAAAUCUAGUUCGAUUGAAAAGCAUCCGUCAACAACUUUUUUCAAUGCUCGAAACGUAUCAACAUAUUUUGCGCAACUCAAACAUUUCAUGCCAUCUAAUAUGUCUAUCUUAUUUAACAAAGUUUUACACGCAUUACCUGCAAAAGUCGGAGAUCCAUAUGUAAACUGACGUUCAACAUUGCAUUUUUUGGCCCAUUGUAAACUGACCUUUUCGUUUUCCAACAUCAUAUGUUUGAAUAAAGUAUUGACACCACCUAAUAAUAAGUGUAAUUCUGGAGGAGGGAUGACAUGUAGCACUUCUUUAUAAUCGUUCGGCAAAAAGAGUGGUGGGUUUACACAAUUUUUAAAGAACUUAGAAUGUUUAAAAACUUUCCCUUUCGAGCACCAGCUUCUGAAGUUUUUUAAACAAUUUUCUGUUGUCCUUGCGGGUCCACAAUUAUUGAGAUUAAGAUGAGAUAUUUCACACCGUGUACACGGAUGUGAACUACUAUGUCCCAUUAGAACAGGAACGAUGUUGGCAAGCUU